UAUUGAUAGAAAUAAGUAGCGAUUGUCCCGAGUCAUUGGUGCGCCAAAGUAAACUGUGAUGGGCUGGCAUGAGUCCACUGGACUGAGAAGGCUGGUUCCGCCGGCGGAGGCUGUGGUGAUGGUGGCGGCGGCAACGCUGGUCUCCCUCCUCGCUGAUCAGUAACAAGAAAAGGGGCAGAGAAAGUGAAAGAGAGAGCGAGGGGAGAGAGGAAAAAAAAAAAAAGAAAAAAAAAAAAAGAGGCGUCUACCAGAGCGGCUCAAACCGGGAGAACAAAUGCAGUUCAGCCAUGGACAAUAGUGGCAACCACACGGCGACAAAAAUCCUAGCGACUCCUCCGACCAGAGAAAGCCUAUCUGCCAGGAGCAACAUGAUCAGCACGCCCAAGCCACUCGCUUUCUCCAUUGAGCGCAUCAUGGCGCGGACUCCAGAGCCCCGCUCCAUCCCCGUCCCGCAGCUCCUCCAUGGCUCCGUGGCCAAAGGCGACCCCAAGCAUCCGCUGCACCUCAACUCCUCCAUCCCCUGCAUGAUCCCCUUUGUCCCGGUGGCGUACGAUACCCUGCCCAAAGCAGCGGUGGCUGGAGCGGAACCCAGGAAGGCUCACUUAGAUUCCUCUUCCUCGCCCUCCUUUAGCUGCGGCGAUCUCUUGAACUGUGCCCUGAGCUUGAAAGGAGAUUUCCCCCGCGAUGCCCUGCCCUUGCAGCAGUACAAACUGGUAAGACCCCGAGUGGUCAAUCACUCCUCCUUCCACGCCAUGGGAGCCCUGUGCUAUUUCAACCGAGGCGACAGCCCCUGUCACCCGUCCUCCAGUGUCAACAUCCACCCGGUGGCUUCUUAUUUCCUCAGCUCUCCCUUGCACCCGCAGCCCAAGGCUUACCUGGCGGAGCGGAACAAGCUGGUGCUACCGACCGUGGACAAGUACCCGGCGGGGGUGGCCUUCAAGGACUUAUCGCAGGCUCAGUUGCAGCACUACAUGAAAGAAAGUGCUCAGAUCCUCUCGGAAAAAAUCGCCUAUAAGACGUCGGAGUUCAGCCGCGGCUCCCCGAGCAGCAAGCCCAAAGUUUUCACGUGUGAAGUUUGUGGAAAGGUAUUUAAUGCACAUUAUAACCUAACGCGCCAUAUGCCGGUGCACACGGGAGCCAGACCCUUUGUUUGCAAAGUUUGCGGGAAGGGCUUCAGACAGGCGAGCACGCUCUGCCGGCACAAGAUCAUCCACACCCAGGAAAAGCCACACAAGUGCAACCAGUGCGGCAAAGCUUUUAACCGGAGCUCGACCCUGAACACGCACACGCGAAUACACGCCGGCUAUAAACCAUUUGUCUGUGAAUUUUGUGGCAAAGGAUUUCACCAGAAAGGCAAUUACAAAAACCACAAGCUGACUCACAGCGGGGAGAAGCAGUUCAAGUGCAAUAUCUGCAACAAGGCUUUUCACCAGGUGUACAAUCUGACCUUCCACAUGCACACCCACAACGACAAGAAGCCCUUCACCUGCCCCACCUGCGGCAAAGGCUUCUGCAGGAACUUUGACCUCAAGAAGCACGUCCGUAAGCUGCAUGACAGCGCCCUGGGACUGCCCCGGCCCCCCGCUGAGCUGGGGGGGCCGGACCCGCCGCCCCCGCCCGGGGCGCUGCUGCAGGGCCCGCCGCCGCUCCAGCCGUGAGGGGCCGCCGGUGCGAGCCCCGCCGCCUCUUUGCAUGCACCUGUUAAGCGGUUUUGUGUAUUAUGCUCUAUAUCGCCACUAACGUUAAUGGGACUGAUUGUUUCCUAUUUUUUUUUUUUUUUUU